AUGAAGCUAGAUGUGCCUCCAUCACUGUUUGCUCCCCUGAAGACCAUUCGGCUUCAAGGUCUUCGCGACGGCUCCCUGGAGGAGAAGCGGAAGCUGGUUGCCGCUGCCCAAGAGGAUGGCAUCUUUUACCUGGAUUUUAAUGAUGACUUGGGUGAGCUUAAAGUCUCCGACCUUAUUGAGGGCAUCUACAACUUUAGCAAGUCUCUCUUUGCGCUGGACCUGGAAGAGAAGAUGAAGUAUGAUGUAGACAAGGUUGGGGAAUUGAAGCUCAACGGCGUGAUGGCUUUGAGAAUCCCUCGAAACGGCAUCCUAGCCUUCAACGAAUUUCCUCACCCACCUCUCCUCGACACCCAGAUGCCGCUUCUUCAGAACUUUACGCUUACUUGCAUUGAUAUUGCCCAGCAUAUCUUCAUGGCUCUGUCGGCUGAACUUGACCUCCCUGAGUCCCAUUCCUUAGCCACUUUCCACCGUGCCGACGCCCCGGCCCCCGAUAUCAUCCGCCUCCUCAAAUACGCUCCUUCGGGUGAGGGUGAUUCUGAAUUCCGUGUGCCCCAGACUCCUCACACAGAUCUUGGUUCUCUCACCAUGCUCUUUGCCGACUCGCCAGGGCUCCAAAUUCGGCCAGAUGGCUGCGACGAGUGGCUGUAUAUCAUGCCCAAGGAGAACCACGCGCUGAUCAACCUAGGCGAUGCAAUGAGCCUCUGGUCCGGGGGCUUAUUCCGGAGCGUCUUGCACCGGGUCGCCUCGUUGCCCGGCAAGGGAAUGAACGAACGGUACAGCUUUGCAUUCUUGAUGCGGCCGGAGAACCAAGCACCAAUGGUUCCACUCAACAGUGAUUGUUUACCUGAAGGGGAAGAUUUCCUUACCAGUGAAAAUUGGAUCAAGGCCAAAUUUGGGAUCUUGCGCGGUGAUACGUCUAAAAACAAGCGCCGGAUUCUUACUGGCAGAGACAGUGCGGUUUGA